GAACAAACUGAAAAUCACGGAAGAGGGAUUCGUCCCUCCAAUUACAUCGCCCCAUUUCUGCUUCGCUGCAGGCCCGAUAACCGGUGAUUCGACUCUCCGACGAUGCCGGCGAUCGUUCUCAAAGCUUCGAAAUCGGGGACGGAGAUUUCGAGUGCACAGAGAAGCUCGAAUGUCUGGCUUUUCUCGCUGCUGCUUACACUCCAGUACGGUGCUCAGCCGCUCAUCUCCAAACGAUUCGUCCGGAGGGAAGUGGUUGUAACAUCAUCCGUUUUAGCAUGUGAAGCAUUCAAGGUUACUUUUGCUCUUAUUCUCAUAUCAAAAGAAGGAAGUCUGAAGAAAUUGUUGAGGCAUUGGACUUUGGUUGGCUCUUUGACAGCAUCAGGAUUACCGGCUACUAUAUAUGCACUCCAAAAUAGCUUAUUGCAGAUUUCAUACAAAAAUCUUGAUUCACUCACUUUUUCAAUUUUGAACCAAACGAAGCUGUUUUUCACCGCUUUCUUUGCCUUUGUAAUAUUAAGGCAGAAACAAUCAAUUCAACAAAUUGGGGCACUUCUAUUGUUGAUCAUUGCAGCUGUCCUUCUAAGUGUUGGUGAAGGAUCCAGCAAAUCACCGAAUAGCAAUAAAAAUGACCCUAACGAGAUCUUAUUUUCUGGAAUUGUUGCCGUCUUGGUAGCUUCUGUACUCUCGGGUUUGGCUUCAGCAUUGUGCCAAUGGGCCUCACAGGUAAAGAAACACAGUUCUUACUUGAUGACUAUGGAGAUGUCCAUGAUUGGGAGUCUUUGCUUGGUGGCCAGCCUAUUUAAGUCUCCUGAUGGAGAAGUUAUCAGGCAGCAUGGAUUCUUUUAUGGUUGGACUCCACUCACUUUGAUCCCCGUAAUAUCAAAUGCUGCUGGUGGAAUCCUUGUUGGCCUUAUUACCUCCUAUGCUGGCGGAGUAAGAAAGGGAUUUGUGACAGUCUCUGCACUUCUUGUGACUGCCACACUACAAUUCAUCUUCGAUGGAAAGCCUCCUUCCUUGUACUGCCUUAUUGCGCUUCCCCUGGUUAUUGCUAGCUUAACUAUAUACCAAAAAUACCCAUACCGUGUUAGGAAGAAGGAAUCCUGAUGAUACAACAGUCUCCAAGGGUAGCACGGUCAUUUUCUUUGCUUUCAUCAAUUUUGUAGUAUUGUUUGAACGGAGGAUUCCUUCUGCCCCAUUUUAUUGUGCCUAUUAUGGCUGGCUCGGCAGAUAUUCUUAACGUGAAAAUUGUGUGGGUAUAUUUAUGUAGAGAAUAGAAAAACAUAAUGAACCACAUAAUAGUUU